AUGUUGAACAUUUGGGAACCAGUUCCGCCGACGGAAUCGAUUCCUACGAUUCCAGAAUUCCCAGUUCUUUGGGUAUUCAAUCUUAAUGAUACGAAUCAACGUUCAGCACUCAGUAUUAGCAGCAUAUCUCAACACGAAGAUGAAGAAGAAAUUCUGAUUUUACGUUACAUUCCUUUUAUAAUCACAUCUGUUGUUAAACAAGAUGGUGGAAUGACAGAGAUUUACCUUACACAAUAUUCAGAAGAUAUAUCUCAGCUAAAUCAACCAACAACAAAUAUGAUACAUUCAUUUCCCAUGGACGAUUCGGGAAGUGAACUUGAAUUAACUGAAUAUGAUCACAAUGAUCAACCUUUAUUAUCGAUAACUUGA